AUGUCGAACAUUAUUCACAAGGUCAAGGAUGCUGUCACUGGACAUCAUGACAAGAGUGAGAAGCACAACACUCAUGACUCCACAUCCCACUCUCACGGCUCAAACGAAUACAACACCACCUCUACUGGUUCCAACAACUACAACUCUGGAUCCGGUGCUGUCCAUGACUCUGGCGCCCACCACGGAUCCAACAUGAACAGAAUGAAUGAACCCUCCAACACUUAUGGCUCAUCCAACACUGGCACCGCAGAUGCUGAUACCUACGGCUCAUAUGGUGCCACUACUGGCAGUGGUGCCGGCAUGGGCACUCACAGCUCUGGUAUGAACCCCUCUAACACCUACGGCUCCUCUACUGGCGCUGGCCACACCAGUUCUGGAACUCACCAUGAUUCCCGCAAGGGGCCUAUGGACAUUGGUUCUUCUGGUAUGGGCAGCACUGGCACACAAACUAUCCAUGAUUCUCGCAAGGGUCCCAUGGAAGUUGGCACUACCAACACUGGAAGCCAUGGCUCAAGCAACAUCAAUGCUGGUCCCCAUGAUUCCAAACUUGCCAACAAGAUGGACCCCCGCGUUGACAGUGAUCUUGAUGGCCGCGCCCAGCACCACGCAACUACUGGUUCCCACCACACCAGCGGUGGAGCUUACGACUCAAUGAACACUGGUUCCACAGGACACUCCAACACCUACGGCUCCAACAACCCCAUGACCAGCGGUGGCCGUGAUACUUACGGCGGCUCCACUACCACUGGACACAACGACGCCUAUGGCUCAACCAACCCUCUGUCCAGCGGAGGUCGUGACACCUACGGCUCCAGCAACCCCAUGACCAGCGGUGGCCGUGAUACCUACGGCGGCUCCACUGCCACUGGACACAACGAUGCUUAUGGCUCGACCAACCCCCUGUCCAGCGGUGGCCACAACACCCACGGCAGCUCCACUACCACUGGACACAAUGACGCCUAUGGCUCAACCAACCCUCUGUCCAGCGGAGGUCGCGAUACUUACGGCGGCUCCACUACCACUGGACACAACGACGCCUACGGCUCCAGUAACCCCAUGACCAGCAGUGGCCGUGAUACCUACGGCAGCUCCAACGAGGGUUACAACACCCACUCUGGCCAAGAGUUCGGUGGCAACGCUACCGGUGGCAGCAGCUACAACGACCACAGCUCCGGUGCCAGAAAGACCUCUGGUCCUCACAACUCCGACUUGUUGAACAAGCUUGACCCCCGUGUUAAGGAAUCCAAGCAGGACCCCAUGACCAACCAGCGCGGCGGUUACUAG